AGCCGACCUCAGAGCACGGGCGUGGUCACGAGGCAGCAAGUACGUGGGAUGAAGGUGCGGAGUAGCGUCAAGAAGCUUUGCGAUGGGUGCAAGAGCGUGAGGAGGAAAGGAGGAAAGUAUGUGUAUAUCAUAUGCUCGAAGAAUCCAAAGCAUAAGCAGAGG